CUUUCAGUUUCAUUUCCUGCUCAGGGCACAAGCAUGGAGUCUGCUGAUCUGAGAGAGGAGCUAACCUGCCCCAUCUGCCUGAGCAUUUAUACAGAUCCUGUAACUCUCAGCUGUGGCCAUAACUUCUGCCUGGGCUGUAUUGAGAGUGUGCUGGGUACCCAGGAGGGGUCUGGGGUCUAUACCUGUCCUGAGUGCAGAAAGAGAUUCAGUAAGAAACCUAAACUGCAGAGGAACAUUACACUGUGUAACAUAGUGAGAAAUCUACAUCCUACUCAGCUGAAGAAAAGAGAGACUGGGAUCUCCUGCACUUACUGUAUUCACUCUCCUGUACCUGCUGCUAAAUCCUGUCUGCAUUGUGAGGCUUCUCUGUGUGAUGCCCACCUGAGGGUACACAGCAAGUCUGAGGAACACGUCUUAACUAAACCCACCACUUCCUGGGGUAACAGAAAAUGUUUCAAACAUAAGAAGCUCCUGGAAUAUUACUGCACUGAGGAUGCUGCCUGUAUCUGUGUGUACUGCUUCCUAGUCGGAGAGCACAGGGGACACCAGGUGGAGCUGCUGAAUGAGGCUUCUGAGAAGAAGAAAAAGAAAAUGAGAAAUGUUCUACAGAAACUGACCACAAAGAGAGAGAAGACUGAGAAAAGAGUCCAGAGUCUGCAGGAGCACAGGAGAGGGGUGCAAGAGAAAGCAGCUGGUGUAACAGAGCGACUCACUGCCCUGAUUAGGGACAUCAGGAAACAGUUGGAAGACCUAGAGAAGCGAGUCCUGAGUGACAUCACCCGGCAGCAGGUUUUACUCCCAAUCUCUGAUCUGAUUCAGCAGCUGCAAAAGGAGAAGGAUGAGCUGACCAGGAAGAUUUGUCACAUUGAGGAGCUGUACAACAUGACUGACCCAUUAACUGUCCUACAAGAACAGGAAUCUCACAGAGAUGACUUUUGUGGUGCUGGGAAGGGAGAUAAUGAGGUCACACAGAGAGGUGAUAAACAGGUUCCUGCUGGGGUCGAUUUGGAUGAGGGUCUAAUCUCAGUGACCUUAUACAGAGGUUUAGCUGAUAUUGUGACUGAUGUAAAGAAAGGGUUGUAUGUGCAGGUGACAGAACCAUUACUGGAUAUAAAUACAGCUCAUAAUAAAGUUAUUGUAUCAGGUGACCUGAAGACUGUAUCUUAUACAGAUAUAGACCAGCAGCGACCAAAAACACCAAAGAGAUUUACAAGUUAUUAUGAGGUAUUAAGUACCAGGAGCUUUUCCUCAGGACAACAUUACUGGGAUGUGGAGACAAGUAAUUCAGGGCACUGGUGCAUAGGGGUGUGUUAUCCCAGCAUGAUGAGGACAGGACGUAAGUCAGAGAUAGGAGAUAAUGACAAGUCCUGGUGUGUUGAUAGUGGUCAUUUUCUGCUACAUAAUACAAUAGGUACCUCAUUAGAUCCCCCUCUAUCAUGUGACAGGGUAGGAAUACUGCUGGACUAUGAGGCUGGGCGUCUGUCCUUUUAUGAGCUGUGUGACCCAAUCAGACACUUACACACCUACACUGCCACCUUCACUGAGCCUCUUCAUGCUGCAUUCUAUGUAGAUAAUGCCUGGGUGAGAGUAAUGAGCUAGAUACACUGACCAUAAUAAUAAUGCUGCUACCUGUGAGCCAGUGAUGUUUGUGCAUUGUGCACAUUGUGUAUGAACUGUACAUGAAAUAAAAUACUUGUGUAUAAAAAUCUAAUCUUCUUGUAUUAUUAAAGGCAACUGUAUAUACAGGGGCCGAUUUAUCAAAGUGUAGCGGAUCAUGUCUGCCGCACAUCGAUAAAUACCGACCUACCAUGGUAGCAGAUUCCUGUGUAAUUACAGGGCUACCCACUGGUUUGGGGUGUUGCUAAAUAACUUUGCUAUAACUACUUUUAAGGUUAUUAUUAUUAUUGCAUCGUUAGCAACCAUUGUGAGCUGGCCAGCUUUUUCUAUGUGUUUUUUAUAUUUUGAAACACUUGAUUUUUAUUUGCACUUGUAAUAAAAUCCAUUUAUUAACUAUC